AUAUUUUAACUUUAAUCCUCUUUUUCCUCUUUUUCUUCUCAUUUCCUUCGAAAGCCACGUUCUUUCACCCACCUCUCAGUCUCUCAUUGCCAAAUUCCAACUACCUCUCGGUCUUCUUCCUCCAUUCGAUGUCAGACCACAACCCUAAAGAACCCAACAUCAACUCUCUCAGCCUCGAUCUCACCCAACUCAUCUUCUCUUCCCUUCCUCUCCCUUCCCUCCUCCGUGCUUCCGCCGUUUGCAAGCUCUGGAAUUCUCUUAUUUCCUCCCCUUCUUUUACUUCCCCUUGCCUUUCCUACCCUUGGUUCUUCCUCUUCGGUCUCCACAACACUUCUUCUCGGAACAACCAGUCUUUCGCCUUCGACCCUUUGUCGAACGCCUGGUUUCUUCUCCCUCGCCUUGAUGACCCCUCUUCCUCCUCUGCUUUCCUCGGCUCCAAUGGCUUCUUUUUCACCACCACUCCCAAUUUCAGCUACACCCCAGUUCUCAAAUCCGCCUGGCGUUUCACCUCGCCCUUGAAGUUCUCCAGGCUUAACCCUCUUUUGGGUGUCUUCUACGAUGGUUCCUCCGGUGGGUUCGGCUUCAAAUUCAUCGUCGUCGGUGGAGUCAGGUUCAUUGGUGGCUUGGUUGAUAUCGAAGACAGGUUGGCUGUUGAAAUAUAUGACCCGAAUCGUGAUUCUUGGGAGCUUUGCCCCGCUUUGCCGGCUGAUUUCAGGUCCGGGAACUCAAGCCAAUCUCUUUCAUCAGCUUUGUUCAAGGGCAAAUUCUACGUCUUUGGGAUCUACUCUUGCUUCGUAUCUUCUUUUGAUUUACGAAACCGCGUUUGGAGUGAGGUUCAAACUCUCAGGCCACCAGGGGUCAUUUUUUCCUUUUUGAUUCCGUGCAACGACAUGCUUGUUUUGGCCGGGAUGUGCAACGCGCCACGGGGACCGUCGUUUAAUCUCUGGAAAAUCGAUGAAAUUACAUUGGAAUUCAGCGAGAUUUCGAUCAUGCCGCAGAGCUUGUUACACAGCUUGGUAGAAAGCGAGGAAGAUGAAAAUUUUGCAAGCUUGAAAUGCGUUGGAAUGGGGAAUCUUAUAUAUGUAUUCAAUGAAGAGUAUCACCAAAAGUACCCAUCAUGUCUUUGCGAAAUCAGUGCUGAAAAUGGGAAAUGCAGUUGGAGGAGAGUGCCUCAGUUGCCAUUACCUGUUAACAAAUUCCAUAAAGUCAUUAGCUUUUGUUCCACCGUUUCUCUAAGUCAUUCUUUCCCCCAACAAUAAGAUGUUGGGGGUGGCACAAGCUAUGUAUCACCUUGCUUGCUCAAAAGCAAGUCCAACAACAGAUUAUCAAGAACCCCACAAAUUGUGGUUGCAAAACAGAAUCAUGCUUUCAUGCCGAGAUGAGCUUGAAGAUGCCUGCUACUGUACAGUUCUUCAUCUGCCAGCUCUUGCAUCUAAAUAGUCUUUUGAGAAACAUUGUUAGCUUUUUAUUUGCAGAGUCUCACAAGGAAAUAAGGUCACAGAGUGUUUUGUGGAUGCUUUAGUUUCUUCUUUCGAUCGAUAAUCCCUCAAAAUCGAUCCUUUCAUUCAGUUAACUAUUAUGUUGGUGUCUAUGUAUUGAAAUUGUUGUUCUGAAAUAGAUUUGUGCUUCUUUUCUGUGUCAGAAUUUGAAAUGUGAAUUGUAUGAAUAAAAUAAUUUUUAUGGAGUAAUGGUUCAGCUUAAA